UUAGGUAGCUUUGUCUAGACGAUCACGUGCCAUGGGGUCAGUUAGUUUGGGAGGGAAAGUUUUGAAUUUAAAUCUUGAGUUGCGCAGUCUCUCGGGACUGGCCUGGGUACAUCACAAGCAUAUUAAAGUUCAAUGUUUCUAAGUGCUCAGUUUUGUCGUUUACUCGAAGAACUAGUAAUGUUACGCUUUGAGUGAUACGGGAGUUUGGCAAAGAUACGGGACCUUGGGGUGUGAUCUGACCACAAGCUGGGCUUUAUCAUUUGGGCUCCUUACUAUAACAAAAGCACAUACACAACCUUGAAUUUUAGCCCACACAACCUUGAAUUUUAGCCCACUCAACGAAGACCAAAACUGUCAAAUAGGGGAAACAUUCCGUGUAAAAGUAAACGUUGGCAUAGUCAUUGUAGGUUAAGAUGUCUUAAACAGCAUACUAUUAGGUCUUUGUUUUUCGUAAAGAACUCGAAAGUUAUUAAACUUGACCAUUAAUUUUAAAACACCCUGUUGAAGAUCGUUCAAAAUUUAAAUCAUUUGCAAGUGGCAUCACGUAUUGUUGAUUUUGGAAGACUUUUUGAAAUUCGAAUCGACGGAGCCAUAGGUACAGGCAGUGGCGAAUUUAGGAUCUGGUCUAGGGAGAGGCGCAAUAAAUUUUUAAAGUGAAUAUAUUUUUAAAACACAUUUAUUAUACGUAUAAAAAUAGAACUAAAAAAGAACAAACCAGAAAAUGUCUAAAUGACAAAGUCGAGCUUUCUUUUUGUAUGUGCAAAUGGAUUUUUUUCAUCAUUCCACGAAAAUUGUCCAAUAGGCAUUCUUGCAAGGCAUUCUGCGCGGGUACACCAUCUUGUUGAAACCAACAGUUUCCAACUUUGUUUUCUUUUGUGUGCCGUACAUCUGGGACACAGGCAUUGAAACGGUCUAUAAUUUUACCUUUGUUUAAAAAGAGUGACACAGAGGAUGUUUCAAAUUAUAGGCCGAUAUCAAUACUUCCCAUUUUGAGGUCAAUAAUAUUUUUAAUAAUGCACAACACGGUUUUAGAUCAAAAAAGUCAACGACGGACGCCCUUGUAGAUCUAUCUAGUAAAAUCUUAAAAACAUUUAAUGAAAAUAAUUAUACAACAGCAACUUUUCUAGAUUUAAGCAAAGCUUUUGAUUGUGUAAAUCAUCAGAUCUUGUUAAAUAACUUGAAAGCAUAUAAUUUUGAUGCAAUUUCCAUUAAACUCAUGCAAUCAUAUCUCGAAGAACGUUCUCAAACUGUUAGAUAUAACGGUUUAUUCUCAAAAGAAAUAUGUGUACAGUCUGGUGUUCCACAAGGUUCCAUUUUAGGGCAUGUGCUUUUCUUAAUUUAUAUAAAUGACUUGCCUUCUACAGUUAAUGGUCAUUUCAUAUUAUAUGCCGAUGACACUACAAUACUAAGCUCUGGUUCUGGUCUAGAAAUAACAAAUAUAAGAAGUAUAGAUCUUCAAGGGCAGUCCAAGUCUUGUUUCCACUUGAACAAGUUGUCUCUAAAUGAAGACAAAACUGAAGUUUUAACUUUUACGAUGAGAAGGGACAGUGAUGUAAUUAACCAAAGGCCAUAUUGGCGAGCUCUCCCCAAAACUGAACAGAACUGUGUUCUUACUCCGUAAUUUAACAAACCAUGUUUUUCCGGAAGUUACGCGCACUGCGUACUUCGGAUUAAUCCAUGCCAUAAUGAAUUAUGGUAUUUUAAUAUGGGGUCACUGCUCCUCUGUCUCUAGAAUCUUUAAAAUACAAAGAAGAGUGGUUAGAAUAUUGGCUAACCUAGACUAUCAAUCUGAUUGCAGGCAAACCUUCACAGAUUUGAAAAUAUUAAUCUUACCCUCACUUUACAUAUAUACCUGUAUGAUUUAUAUGAAAAGUAAUUGCCAAAAAUUUGAAUGCCACUCGGACUUUCACAAUUACGAUACGCGAAAUAUGCAUAAUUACGUACCUAUUUAUUUACGUCUUAAAAAAAGUCAGUACGGCCCUAAUUUUUUAGCCAUAAAAUUUUUUAAUAUGUUGCCCACCGCUCUCAAUCAUUUCAAUGAAAUGGAGUUUAAAUCUAAAAUUAAAUCAUAUCUAAUAAAUAAGGCUUUCACUAGAAGAAUUUUUGACGAAUAAAUGUUGUGAUAUAAUGGAAUAGUUUGUAUAAUUAUUAUGUUUGUUUGUAAUUUAUUAUAUUCGUUUGUCUCUUACAUUGCAUACUUAAAAGGACACCAUGUGUAAAACAUCAAUAAAUAUUAUUAUUAUUAUAGCUGCACUUCAUCCCCAAGUUGUUCUAACGACGGGUUACCCGUACUCAUUUUAUUAUUAACGCCAUUCUAACCACUCUUCUUUGUAUUUUAAAGAUUCUAGAGACAGAGGAGCAGUGACCCCAUAUUAAUGAUCAAUAAAAUACGAUGGCCUGAAGAGCAUUAGGUGUUAAAAUAUUUAAGUUUAAAUUUGAUAAUUUUUUUCACUAAAACUAUUUCUUAGGUCAGUUAUUAAAUGAUCCAGAAUUGGAAUAUAUAUGUCGUAGGCAUUUUGUAAAAUCCGUCAUUUUAUAAAAUGCCUAGGCAGUUUAUAAAACGCGGGCAGUGUACUUUCUAGAGGUAAGCGAUUGGUUCCCUUCCUCUUCAAGAGCGAUCCCUUACGCAUCUAGAAGGGGAAGGAAAACUACCCCAACCCCACAGGUCCGCAUUUCACGAAAUGACUCCGCAAUUUAGAAAUGACGGAUUUUACAAAAUGCCUACGACAUAAAACUGCCUAGGCAUUUUAUAAAAUGACGGAUUUUACAAAAUGCCUACGGCAUAUAUACCGCGCCUGGGUACAGGGAAAUGUAUCAAACGACGUAGAUUUUUAUGUAUAUUUCGAAAAUGCAAUAAAAUAUAGGGUUAAAAUCUCAGUUAAAAUAAGAAAGUUUCUAUCUCGGUUUCUAUCCACAUCCGGCUAAACCGAAAGUGAAAUGAUCAUGAUAAUACGAGUUUACUUCGAUAGAUCAUAAAAACUAUGUUGUACCUAUGCAAAUUUUCAGAUCGAGAGCCUUUAAUUCGAGAAUCAGUUGUUUGAGUUCAGAUAGAUACUUCCCUUUUAGAUACACAUUUAUCACAAUGAUACAGAAUAUUGCUAUGGACCACCGUUUGCGAAUUAUUUACGAAAACCAAAAAGGUACCUUUACACCCCCUCACCCGUUAGCUUCACUCCCAUUCAUCGUCUUCACCUACAACUAUAUACCAACAUUCAAUUUUACACGGAUGAUUCCCCUAUUUUUCUUUCGUUGAGUGGGCUAUUUGUGCAAAAAAGGUUUUGAAGAUUUUUAUUUUUUAAAGUCAACGGCAAUAUCCUUAAUCCAAUUAAUUUUUUGGUUAUUUGAUAUUCAUAGUUUCGUUGCCAAGAGGAAAAUGUGACUACAAAUUAAUUCACAGUUUCAAUUGGCAGCAGCUUAUUGUUAGGCCAAAAAUUAUUUUAAUCAUGGUCAAUUUUAGCAUUUUGACAAUUGUGUUCCAAGUAGUUGACGCAUCCGUUGAUGGUAAUGUGACAAUUAUGUUGUAGAAAUCUGCAUAAAUGACCAUACGUGAUUUCUCAAAAUCAAGACGCGUAAAUAACUACUUAACACACACAACAUAAAUGCAUUUAACAUAUUUUGUGCAUUAGGUUGCAAAAUUUUAACCAAGUUGCUAAUAUGCAAAGUAAGUUCAUAUCAGAGUUAAGGUUAUCUUCCAAAUAAAUAGUGACGCAAUUUCGGGUUAGAAAAUUAUUUCUUGCGUGGUUACUUAAAUACAGUAGGUAACCCAUUAGGAAGUCUAAUAGCAAACAGAGAAUUGGUCAAACUGGUCAUUAAUAUUGAUACCUUUGUUAAAAAAAAAACAAGUGUACCUACCGAACAGUACGCAAUGUAUCGAACAUCGUUAGCAACAAAAUUGAAAUUAUUUAGUCGAUUUGUCAGAAAGUUUAGCUUCGUUUGUGUGUCUGAAAAUCAAGAAAACUUGAUCGUUGAUGUAGGAAAGGGAAAGGAAGUCUUUCCACUUGUAUGGCUACGGGACAACUGCAGAUGCCCGUCUUGUUUUCACAAAAGUUCGACCUCCAGGAUAAUUAAUUGGGUGGAUUUUAAUGUAUCUCCCAAGGCAACAUCUGUACAAACGACAUCGGAUGGGAAUAUAGUAUUGCAAUGGAAUGACAAACAUAUAUCAACAUUCAGUUUGGAUUGGUUAAAAAAACGCAGUUUCAAAGAAGACGCACAACAAUUAUACUUACACGACAAUUAUAGACCAACCAAGGUUCCUUGGAGUUGUGAAACUUUUGAGAGCAUUAAAAAAACAUAUGAGUAUGAAGACCUUUUAAAAAGUGAUGAGGUUCUUUACAACUGGCUGUUCGAUUAUGCCCGUUAUGGGAUUGUUUUCAUUAAUAACGUUCCGGACGAGAAACAUGCAGCAGCCAAGCUUUGCAAAAGAAUUGGAGUUAUUAAAUCAACACAUUAUGAGGAAGAAUUUAAAAUAAAACAUAUCCCGGGAACCUCUAACGUUGCAUAUCUGUCCGAUGCGCUUCAACUCCACACCGACUUGCCAUAUUACGACUAUGUGCCUGGGGUUACCAUACUUCAUUGUUUGAUACAAACGGAUGGCGAAGGCGGAGAUAAUUUGUUGGUUGAUGGCUUAUAUGUAGCUGAAAAGUUGCGUCAAGAGAAUCAGGAAGCAUUUGAUCUCUUAAGCAGUGUUGAUGUAAAUUGGCAAGAUAUUGGAAGCGAACAUGGAGAGAAGUACCACACAAUUCUUCGCUGCCCUGUCAUAAAGUUAGACAUUCAUGGAAAUGUGGAUAAAAUUCGGCAGUCUGGGCCACAAAGGGAUUCUCAUUUCACGGUGAAUUUAAAAAAGGUUAAACCGUGGUAUGAGGCUAUGAAGGUAUUCCAGAAAUCAAUUACGAGCGAAAGCAUCAAAUUGAAAUUACGCCCCGGUGAAAUAUUGGCGAUUGAUAACGUUAGAUUGAUACACGGUCGAUCGUCUUAUAGUGAUAGCGCAAACAAAAAACGUCUAAUUAUCGGAAUACAUUUGGACUGGGAUGAUCUUUUCUCAAGAAUGAGGGCAUUAAAGCGGAAAAUUGAUGCUUGAUGUUCCAUUGCAAGUUAUGUUAGGUCGUCUCUAGUUUGGAAAUAAGUGUGACUACAUUAUAUUACAGGACAUGUGUGAAUAAAUCAAUUACGUACUCGA